AUGGUGCCUAAGUUAUCCGGGCCCUUGCUGGCCUUAGUAAGCUAUACUGUUGCAAAGCAAUGCACUUUGGAUAACUUCAAUGCAACCGUUGGAGGACAUGUCCAGCCUCUCACUCCUUUCUCCUUGCCCUGUUUCUCCAGCUACAAUGGCAAUUCGGUGGCUCGCGAUGAUGCCGCCUGCGCUGUCAUUCAGGCGAACUACUCGGACCCAUGGCUGCGGACCAACUCUCCCAGUGGCUAUAUGAACAAUCAGGAUGAGAUGUGGGCGUCCGAUCCCACCGAUCAGUGCCUCCUCGACAGCAGCGACCCCACGGAUCCCCUGGCGUACGCAGAUGCCGACUGCCGUCAGGGCAACCUUCCCUCUCACUAUCUCGAAGUACAGAGCCCAAGGGAUGUGAUUGAAGCUUUCAAGUUCUCCAACUGUUCUGGCAAGCAGCUCGUCAUCAAAAACAGCGGCCAUGACUAUCUCACUCGCAGCAGCGGACGUGACACGCUGUCCCUUUGGACCCGCAACCUGCGAUCUAUGCAUUAUAGUCCGAGCUUCACUCCCAGCGGCUCCAAAAACACCGCUCGAUACAACGCUAUCACCGUCGGUGCCGGCGUCAACUUCGACGAGGCGUAUGAAUUUGCACAGGAGCACAGCGUCACCAUUCUGGGUGGCUACUCGAGCACCGUCGGUGUCUCAGGCGGCUGGGUCCAAAACGGCGGCCACUCCAUCUUGAGUCCCGUGUACGGUCUCGGUGUUGACCGUGUCCUUGAGUACAAGGUCGUCACUCCAGACGGUGUCUAUCGCACCGCCAACGAAUUCCAGAAUCCCGACCUUUUCUGGGCCCUCCGCGGUGGUGGUGGCGGAACCUUCGGCGUAGUCCUCGAAAGCACCCACCGCGUCGAGCCUGCUAUCCGCUUCGUCUCUGCCAAUAUCAAGUUCCCUGCCAACUCCACCAACAUGCUCCCAUUCAUGGAUAUCAUUGUCAACAACACCCUCAAAUGGGGCAAGGAAGGAUGGGGUGGCCACAUCACCGGUAACACCCUCGUCAACGUCUCUCCCUUGCUCUCUGUCAAAGAAGCCGAGGUCUCCCUAGCAAGCGUGAUUGCCUACGCGAGAGCAAACGGCGGCUCCGCCACCAUUGAGGAGUUCACCUCCUGGUACUCUUUCUAUGAUAAAUAUGUCAAGACCAGCUCCGUCGCCGUCGGCGUCACUCGCUUCCCCGGAAGCCGUCUGAUCUCCCGCUCCGUCUUUGAGACGGCCGAGGGCCGCUCAAACCUCAUGAGCUUCUUCGAAACCAUCCAGUCACUGGGCCAAACGCCGUACAUCCCUGUUGUCGGACCGGUGUUGUACAACUACACCGAAGGCUCGACUAGUGCCGCUCCCGCCUGGCGUGAUGCUAUCUGGGAGUUGGGCUCUGGGGCUUCCUGGGCGUGGAACAGUACCGUUCCCACGCGCAAGAAGACAAUCGAGUCCAUUCAGAACACGACUGCCAUUAUUGAGGGCAUCACGCCUGGCGGUGGUGCGUACAGCAAUGAGGCAAAUCCGUUCACGAUCGACUGGGUCGAGUCGUGGUGGGGUGAUAAUUACGAGAAGCUGGUGAGCAUUAAGAAGAAAUAUGAUCCCUUCGGUUUGUUGAGUUGCUGGAAGUGUGUUGGCUGGAAGGAGUCGCAGGUUGCUGAUUCUUCCUAUGCUGCUCUUCUCUAA